AUGCCGGAAGAUCCGCCCCUGCCUUCCGGCGUCCGAUGUCUUGCGACCGGCAACGCCUUGGAAGGCGAAGGGGAAGAGGAACCUGAAGAGGUGGAUCAACCAUUCCUGGACAUCGUGGCUGCCGGAAGGACGGAGGAGGCUGAUCUCUCAGGCUACGACGCGAUGUUCCCGGCCCUCUUUGCCGCUGCAGAUGGCAUGGUGCUUUGCACGUCGCACGCCUUCGCCGAAGAUGCUUGGUGCCGUCUCUACCUCUCCUUGGGCUACGCGUUUCUUCCGACCGGCCGCCUGAUGUACGAGGUCGACCGAAACCUCGUUCACAUCAGCAGGCUCUCGGUCCAGGUUGAAGAUGGUCGCGAAGAGACCUAA